AUGAAACUCGAUGAAUUGAAACUGAGACCGUUGAACAGAAGUGAAGAAAUGACUGGGCAAGAACUGUUCGAGAAACUCCAAAUUGAAGCUGAAAAUUUUAGAAAAGAGAAGAAACGUAAUACCUACUCUGGCAUACACAGAUAUUUGUAUCUUAUUGAAGGAAAACCAGAAUUCCCUUGUCUACUUAAUUCAAAGGGAGAAGUUAUUUCUUUUCCUCCUAUUACAAAUGCAGACAUUUCACAGAUGGAACUUGGCUCAACCGAUAUAUUUUUGGAAGUAACUAGUUCAGAAUCGCUUCAAAUAUACAAAAAUGUAAUGAACAACCUACUCAGAGAAAUGGUGUUACUUUUUGAAGCAGAUUUAAAUGUUCUACAGGUUAGAAUAAAUGAUGAGGAAGGGACGAUGAAGAAUGUGUAUCCUUCAAAGGCAGAUCUCAAUUUUUCUGAUGAAAACCUCAUUCAGAUUAUAAGAGUCAAUUUAUGA